UGACCAGAAGAACCUGCUGAAAUGCAUGUGUGUCUCAGAGCUGAGAGCGGAGCUGUCUGUGUCCUGCCAGCCAACAGAUCCAUCAGCCAACCUUACAGGCCAAGAAGCACUUCUCCAGUCUCUCACCUCUCUCCCUGUGUUGCCACAGGCUCCAGCACCUCACCACGGCACAGAACGAUGGAGCACGAGGACUUCACCAGCUUGGCUGGGUACUGGAAUUCCUCUGACAGUUACCAGUUCAGCCCUGCUAGUGUCAUUGUCCCUGUGGUCUUCUCCCUCAUCUUCCUCCUGGGCACAGUUGGCAACAGCCUGGUGCUGGCAGUGCUGCUGCGCAAUAGGCAAAUGGGCCACAACACUACCAACCUCUUCAUCCUCAACCUCAGCCUGGCUGACUUCUUCUUCAUUGUCUUCUGCGUGCCUUUCCAGGCCACCAUCUACUCCCUUGAGGGCUGGGUCUUCGGCUCCUUCAUCUGCAAGGCUGUCCACUUUUUCAUCUACCUCACCAUGUACGCCAGCAGCUUCACACUGGCUGCCGUCUCUGUGGACAGGUACCUGGCCAUCCGCUAUCCGCUGCGCUCCCGGGAGCUGCGAACCCCCUACAACGCAGUGGCUGCCAUGGCUGUGAUCUGGGGUCUCUCUGUGGUCUUUGCUGGGCCCUACCUGAGCUACUAUGACCUGAUUGAGUGGGAGUCCAGCUACAUCUGCAUGCCUGGCUGGGAGGAGUGGAGACGCAAGGUCAUGGACACCAGCACGUUUGCCUUUGGCUAUGUCAUCCCAGUUCUGGUCAUCAGCCUCUCCUACACCAGGACCAUCAAGUACCUGUGGACAGCAGUGGAACCCUUGGAGGACAUGUCAGAGUCCAAGAAGGCCAAGCGGAAGGUAACUAAAAUGAUCAUCAUCGUAACCAUCCUUUUUUGCCUGUGCUGGCUACCCUACCACGUAGUCAUCCUUCGAUACCUCUAUGGAGAUUUCCCUUUCAACCAGGCCACCUACGCCUUCCGUCUGCUUUCCCACUGCAUGGCCUAUGCCAACUCCUGCCUCAACCCCAUCGUCUAUGCCCUGGUAUCCAAGCAUUUCCGUAAGGGCUUCAAAAAAGUCUUCAGCUGUCUCCUGAGGAAAAAGCACCGCAACAAGGUGCAUGUGUUACAUGCUGCUCACAUUGUGCCUGGCUUUGAGGCAGGCUCCACUGAAGUGUCCCAGGUGCAUGAAGAAAAUAACAGGUGUGAGCUGAAUCCAGACUCCCUGGCAGUCCCCUCUGGUUCUUCCAAGCAUCUUCACCUUUCUUAGUAGCUCCACACCAUCUACCAGCCCAGCUGUGCCAUCUGCCUCAGGUCACUCUCUCCCAUUGAAUGAGACAGGAUGAUAGGAAAGGCAAGACAGAAACCUUGCUAUAUCCCGCUUCUAGCCUUGCUGUUCCUCUUCUUUCUGGGUACCAAUUGUCCUCCUAAGCCACCUCCCCACAUCUUGUGUAUAAGGGAAGGAAUGGACCCACACUUGCUCCUGAUCCACAGCCCACCUGCAGUUCAAGGACUAAUGCUCCAGCUCUUCUGUUGACUCUCAUCCUUCUAAGUCCUCUGCUUAACAGCCCCACUACGUUGGACACAUUUGUUUGCUGUCAGAUGGUCCCUUCUUGCUUCCUGUUGUCUGAUCUGGACAAAGUGUUUCUUAUGGAGUAGCAAGGGAGACAGGCAGCAUGAGCAGGGCCAGGUGAACAAAGGCGGGACAGAGAGCAACCAGCAUUGCCUGUGGAUGGUUACAGUGGUGGCUUCUGUACUGGCUGCGCUGCUCUCCUGGUGGCCAAGUCCUUUCCUGUGGUGUGGGCUGUGAGUUGUCUGUAUGUGUGCGAUGUUGCUGCUGUAAAUACUAGGGAGAUGUUUUUCUGACCCAGAGUAAAUAAAUGUACUUCCCUAA